AUGCCGUGUAGAAGGAGCUUUCACAACAGUCUCAGUGGCGUGACACGAACCUACUUGGUUGCUUGUCAUUCAAGGCUAAUUGCCGAGCCACAAAACUGGUGUCAGGGCACAAGUGACCUACUUGGUUGCCUGAUGUUCUGGUGGGAUAGGGAACCUAAAACCGAUCGUCGACGAGCAAGAGAUUGGGAUCAGGAACGAUCACGAAAGCAAGUUCAUAUUAACCAGCCGAUAGUUGCGACCGUUCAUGGGGAUGGGAAUAUAACCAAUAUAGGGGAUGGCAACGGCGGAACAAUUGUGUCUAGCAAAAGAGAUAAAGAGGAGGAAGAUGAACGAAAUCAAACAAAGCGAGUUAGAUUUCAUGAGGAAAAGCCUCCGUUAAAAAAGAAAUCUAAAUCAGGAAAAAAAGUCGGUAUAUAA